UGGUUCCUCUCACAAGGUGGAAAAGAUGCUAAAAGAUAACACAAAAGAGUACGGUUGUGUUUGGAAACCAAGAGCAGCAAUUCUACUGCAGGAAGAUCUGGGCUGAAAAAAAAAUCUGCUUUUUAUUCCCUUCCAUUUUCACAAUGACCUUGAAGUGAGGAUAACUCCAGGCCAUGUACAUAGGCAACUUUGUACUACUGCUUCUCUUGUUGAUGCUGAUGAUGGACAACUCACUGACAUACGAUUCUGAGCAUGAUAACUGCACCACCAUUACUAUUGAAAGAGGUACAAAAUACUAUAAAAAUCUUGGUGACUCAGCCACUCUAGAGUGCCCGGUGACCUACUGCAACAAAAAGCCUGAAAUGAAUUGGUAUAUGUGGAACAAGAGCAAAAAGAAGUUCCAUAUUUUGUAUCCUGAAAAAGAAUACUGGAUAAGUGAAAAGAAAUUUGUUUUGAAUUUUCAAUCAGUUAGUAAAAAUGACAGUGGGCAAUAUCGUUGUGAAGCGAUUGUAAGAAAAAAUAAACUUACGAGUCACGUUAUAGAAUUAAUUGUUCAAGAUCACAGUAACUCGUCAGUGUUUCUAAAUGGUACAAAUACUACAGAAGAUCAGAAACAACCUAAAAAGAACAAGAUGUUGAUUAUGAUUUCAUCCCUCGGUACUCUGUUCCUCAUUGUUGGCUGCUUUGGAUGGCUGUGUUUCACAAAGAGGCAUCAAGUAAAAAACACACAGAAAGUAAAAAAUCCAGAAAGUGGAAAUAACAGGAACACCCAACACUGCAAUGAUAGCACAUCUCAUAUCUCAGAUGAGGGAGCCAUCUCUAAUGAAGAUUCCAUGCCUUACUUGUUUCAAGUUCCCACUGGGAAUCAAGACAAUUACCAGACGGCAUCUAGAACUGAUCUAAGUUCCAUGAAGUUCAAUGAAGGUCUACCACGAUAUAAAGAGGACCCACUUAUUUAUGCAACAUUAAGCCAUGGAGAACUUUUUCAGAGAAGCAAGCCCUCUGAAGAAACACAAUUUACAGAAUAUGCCAUCAUUAGACUGAAGAACUAAAGUUUCAAUGGCUGAAAGGAACCAGUGAUGGAGGGCACAUGCUUUCUCUGAUUACCAUCUGCUAAGAACAACUGGAGGAAAUGUCUACGUCCAGGCUUUAGGCUUCCAGAGAUAAAGUUGGCUAUACAAUAGCAACCAAGAUGCUGGCCUAGAUGGAUAUUUAAUCUAUUUAAUGAGCAUUUUUAUAUCUCUGAUGAUUAAUUAAAUCAGUAUUUUUAUUUUCGAAGUUGAUGUUCAAAGCAACUGGCUCCACAAAUUCUAGGAAGUGAAAAAGGAACUUAGACUUGGAGUGAUACAGUUCUUACUCAUAAAACUUACUAAUAUUGAAGCAGGAAGUGGAUGUUAAUAUUUUAAAAGUGAGUCUGAAAAUUAGUAGCACAGAUGCCAAGUGCAUUACUCCGAAAAUAUGUUGUCCCUAGUUAAUAUUUGUCUAAUGAUAAUAAGGUCAUCUGAUUUAUUUUGACAGAAGGAUUAUAGCCUAUCAUAUGGAAAGCAAUCAAUAUGCCUCCAAAAGUAAAAUAAAACGUAAAGGGCACAUAGUAUCAGUAAGAAUGCAGACUAACUGAAAGAACAAGAACAAUUGAAUGAAAUACUCUAUUUUUGAACUGAAAAAUGUACUACAAAGAAAAACAGGAAACAUCAUAAAAAGCAGACACACUACAGAGGAAAGUGUGUUGUUCACAGAUUAGAGGGGGUUGUGCAGUUUACAAAAGGAAGUGAAACUGCAUACAAAUGAGUUCAGUUAGAAUUGUUGGUAGAAACAACAGCAUAGGAAUAUGCUGCUUGUUUUCAUCUGCAGGGGGAAAAACCUAGUCUUUUCGUGUCAAAAUUACCUAAUAAUCAGUUAUGACACUAUUUAUCUUCAGCCAAUAAAUGUUUGUGUCAUCAUAAUGCUAAACUAGUCUUCCCCAAUCUAGCACCCCUAAAAAUCAUAUUUAACUAUGUAUGUAAUAGUAGUAAACAUUCCUGAAUUACAACUAAAAUUCAUAGAAUUGACAUCUGAUCCAGAUGUUAUCUCAUUUUUAUGUAAGUUCAAGAAUCCACUUUAAAGAUCUGCCAUACUGAUGAAUAUGUAUUUUCAAAUUACAAGAAAAAAUUAUUAGUGCUUUUAAAUAGUAAGCAGAUGGCUUAAAAAGUAACAGUCUUUUUUCACUGGAGAAUUUAAAGUAAAAUUGUGUUUAUCAAAUAUAUUGUGGCUGUCUCUUGAUGGAAAAUAUAUUCCCCUCCAGCA